AUGGAUACCCCUCCGAAUAAAAAGAUACGACUUCAUGACCUAUCCAAGCAGACUUUGUUCCUCCCAGAUGAACUCAUAGCAGAAAUCCUAUCUCACCUUAGCGUUAAAAACAUGUUAAAAUUAAAAUGUUUGAGCAAGUCAUGGAACACUUUCAUCUCCGAUCCAAACUUUGUCCAAAUGCAUCUUAAGAAGUCAUCACAAAACCCACACCUCGCGGUGAUUUAUCGGGACAUAAUUAGUCGUGUGAAUCUCAUACCCGUCCCCGUGGGCCUUUUGCUCAAAAAUCCAUCCAUCAGCCUGGAUGGCAACGAUCUCUCAAGUUUGAGUAACCAUUGCAUGGUUGUUGGUUCAUGUAAUGGAUUGAUCUGCUUGCUUUACCAUACUGAAAGUACUUCACCAACUGUUAAACAUUUCAAGACUUGGUUUCGUUUCUGGAACCCUGCCACCAGGAUACGAUCUAAUAUAUUAGGUUGGCUAACUUAUAGAAUCCCUCGUGACGACAUUGAUAUGCUCACUUUUUUAUGCCGUUUUAAGUUCACUUUUGGUUAUGAAUCUUUAUCGAAAACUUAUAAGGUUGUAGCUUUUCGUAUUAUAAAGAACGAAGGUGAGGUUAAAGUUUUCAGUCUAGGAGAUAAUUGUUGGAGAGAUAUUCAGAGCUUUCUUGUGCUUCCUCUUAAUUUGUUGCCUCCUAGACGUAGACGAGGACCAUGCUGCCUUAAUGAUGGUGUGCAUUUCAGAGGCACUAUUAAUUGGUUGGCUAUGUACAACCAGCCUAUUAUUCACGUUGAGCAAUUUGCGAUUGUUUCACUUGACCUUUCAACGGAAUCCUACAAGCAGUUGCAGCUGCCUCCGGGUUUUAAUGAGGUUCCAUUUUUUCAGCCGGUUCUUAGGGUUUUGAUGGACGGUAUUUGUUUUUAUCAUGAUUCCAAGAGAACUGAAUUUGUUUUAUGGCAUAUGAAGGAGUACGGGGUUCAAGAGUCUUGGACUCAAUUACUUAAGAUUAGUUAUCAGAAUCUUCACAUCCGUAACAUUAAUGAUACGUUUAAAUUGGUGUGUCUUUAUGUAAAUGGUGAUAUGGUUAUUUUUGGAAAAGAAAACUCCGACCAGAUAAUUCUCUAUAAUUUAAAAGAUAAAACGACAGUAAAGAGAAGUGUAAAUCGCACACGGUGGUAUCGUUCAAUGGAUUAUGCAGAAAGUUUGGUUUCAGUUUGUUGA